AGCGGCGGUCCACGUGACGCGGUCGUCAAGUAGUGGGGAGGAAGUCGGCUGUGUCCGUGCCCGGGUGAGGUGGGCCCGGUCCUCAGCGUUCGGCGCAAUGGUCUGCAUUCCUUGCAUCGUCAUUCCAGUCCUAUUGUGGGUUUACAAGAAGUUCUUGGAGCCUAUUUUGUAUCCAUUCAUUUCUCCAUUUAUUUCCCGACUGUGGCCUAAACAAGCUGUGAAAGGAGAAAUCUCCACACCAAAAACUGAAGCACAUAAUGGAACAUUCAAGUCUGACCAUGCAUCAAAGGGAGAUGGGAACUCCAUUAACAAAGCUGCAAAUGGCAUCAACACACAAGGAUCAUCAGAUGCUUCAGACAAAAAGACUGAUUAAGACCUUCGUCAAGCAAUGACCUUGCAUAAUGUCUGUUGUGACAGCAUUAUUUAAAAGAAUAAAUAGUUUUAUUAACCAGCUUGCAAUUUAUGUAUAUUAAAAAAAAUCCAAUGAUGUUUUGCCACUUUCUGUUGUACUUGCUGUUCUGUUUAAUAGCUUCCUUUUGUGCACUGCUGUAAUAAUAAUUUAUUCCUGUGAUGGUGGACAAAUAUUCCAUAGUUAUCUUUUGAUCUUUACUCUCUAAUAGAAAUGCUGUUGCAUUGAUAGUACUGAUCCUUGGUUGAGAACAGACUCAACAAUUUUACUGCCUUUAGUUUAAAAAUAAAAAGACUCCUGAUUAA